CUAUUAGGUGAAACAUCCUUGAUUUAAUUUUACGUUGACAUUUUUCCAAAUUUUAUAUGAGUUUGUCAAACGUGUUGAAAACGAAAAAAUUUUUUUGUUUACAUUUACGAUUGCUAGAAAACUGCGAUUUUUGGUGCAUGGGAAUUUAAAAACGAUUGCUCUCCCGGUCGAAUAGUUUUAAAAAUCUAUAAAAAAUUACGAAAUUGCUUCGCCGGCAUUUUUAAUAUAUAUGAAUAAUCGAAGAACUCAUGUUUAAUAAAGUUUUAGUUUCGUUUAUGUUGAAAACAAGGCAUUUAAAUUUUUACCGUUUUACCUAAGUUACUCACCACAUUUUAAAUUAAUAAAGUCUUGGCAAUUAUCUGAAAUCGGCAUACCACCACUGACAGUCGUGUGAUCACGAAAACCUAUCGAAAACGUAUCGGAUUGUAAAAAAGUGUAAGAGGAAGACAACGCGCAAUUAUAGUAAAUAAAAGUACAAUUUUAAACGUAAAUAUGAGCGAUUGUGAUUUUAAGGAGCUUCGUGCUAAGCUCGAUGUAAUGGGCUUCAACCAGACGUUACCAGUGCUAGCAAUUCCGCUGGUUGGAGCCAUCUUUGGCGAUCUAAUAAAAACAACGGAAUGCCUCCGUGAUACAAAGAAGCAAGUUGUUGAGUUAUUAGAAGAAAAAGCGUGCUGGGAGUUGGGAGUUGAGCCCUAUAAAUGUGACAAUUCGCGUUUACUGGCCGAGUGUAAUGAGCUGCACCUGAAAACUCUUCAGGAACGAGAAGGCUAUGAGCUUCGGCUUUGUGAGGCGGAACGCCGAAUACGCAAUCUGCAGACUGACAGUGAGCAUUUGCAGAACCAUAAUGUCCAACUCCAAGCUCAACUGGAUACGUUUUUAUCAAAGCAACUAAUCAAUGCAACAUCUGCCAAAAAAACGUUCACUGCGUUAACGAAGACUAAAAAACCUUUUAUUACUACCGUACGCUCUGGAGAAGUGCUGCCCCCUUCAUACACUCCUUCAUUGAAAUGCACAAAGUGUAAUGUUGGAGUGAUUCAAAAGACUACAACUGCAAGUAAGGAUGGCGAGACCGUCACAUCAGAAGAGAUUGACAAACUACAAAAUGAACUCAAGACUGCUGGCGAGCAGCUGGAAUUUUAUAAACGGAAAGUGGAAUCGCGGAACCGUGAGAUUAGAAGAUUAAACGAUAUGCUCUCAGGUGGCCGACCUCCCGCAGCCUUAGCAAAGGAAUGCUGCUACACGGAAGUGGCCGCUCUCUCACAAGAUGUUGAGCUGCUACAGCGAGAAAAAAGCGACUUGGCGACGCAGGUUACCGAGUAUCAAGACAAGAUGCACGAUGCCAUGCAGCGGGCGUUGCGUCUAGAGGAAGAAAAACAAAGAUUGCAAACGCAUCUGUACGAGCUAAAGGAAGCUGCUUUACAAGUGGAGCAACAAGCCAAUUCUGAAAUAGAUUCGAAAGAAUCGGAGCUGCGACAACUUCAAAUUGAGGUAAAGCAAUUGCACCAGCGCAUCGAUCAGAGCUCCAAGGGACGCCAGACUGCCGGAUGUGAGAAAUCUGCACUCCAUGAUGACAAACGUGUGCUUAACGAAAGAAUCAAUGUGCUGACUUGCCGUGAAGAGGAGUUACAAAUAAUGAAUGAAAAGCUUAAAAAGAAGCUGCUCAAAAUGGAUACUAAAAUGUCAGCGGUGCAAAAAGCGUUGCAAGAACAAGUGCAACAAAGAAGUGUUACACUGGAUGAGGAAAAAAUUCGACUUAAGUCCGAGCGCGACUUCUUCCAAAAGGAGUAUCUACGUCUCAUGAGCAAAGCCGGUUCGGAUUCCGAGAUAGCAUUUCUACACGCCCAAAUCAAAUCAAAGGAUGAUGAGUUACAUGUUUUGCGGUCGGAGUUAUGCAUGAUGUCCACAACAAAGCUCCAGCAGUCGCCCCGAAAGAGUGACAACUUAUCGCCACCCACCGUUAGCAGUACGUAUAGCUCUGCUAAUCGUAGUGACUGUGUCCAGGCUGCCAUUGCUCGGAUUGAGCGCGAACGCGAUUGUGCACGUGUUGAGCUCGAACGUAUGCGUUGUGAGCGGGACACACUGCGGGAAAAACAAAUAAGCAGUUUGCAACUGCACGCUGAGGAAUUGCAAACGCUGCGCAUGCGCAAUACGGACUUGCAGGAUCGUAUACGCCAACUAGAGCGCGAUUACCGUGAGUUGAAUUCAGCCCGCGUUCCCACUGAAACACACAAUGCUCUCUUGAAGGAAGAUGUAUCUGAGUUGAAACAACGUUUAUCGGUGCUGCAAACCGAUAUAGAGAACUUGAGAACUGAGAAUGGACAAUUAACAUUGAUUAACGAACAAUAUGAACGCCUUAUAGCCGAUUAUCAAAGUAAGCUUAUAGUAGCGGAGCGUCAGGUACAUAAGGCUGAUGUUCGUGCCAGCACACUGGAUUCCAGUCGCGAAACGAAUCGCAAUGAGGUUAAUCAAUUGCGUACUGAACUCGGGUCACUUCGGCAGACUUAUAUUGCCUUGGAGCAUGAAAAGGAUUCACUAGUGAAUCAAUUGGAUAAAAAAACUACGAGGCUUUUUAAAUUGGAAUAUGAGAUCAAAGACUGUGAAGAUAAACGAAAGGCACUCGAGCAAACGGUUAAAGAACUGGAGUUACAAGUUAACAACCUGACCACAAGAACACGACAACGAGAAUCGGAGUUGAAUAGCACGUCAGCCGAAGGCAAGACAUUGCGGCAGCAAAUUGCGGCACUACAACUCAGCCGCGAUGAAGCAAUUGCGGAAAACGGACGUCUCACGGACAAAUUGAGCAAUGCGCAAGGAGAAUCGAAUACGCUGCAAAAUAAGCUCAAGGACUCGGAACAACAGGUGGCUAACAUGAAACAGAAGCUGCACAAGUAUGUCCAAGAGGUGAAAAGGGCCGAAGAUUUGCUUAUGGAAAAGGUAUACUUUGUCUUAAAGGAAAAGGAGCGUGAGGAAUUGCUAGACUGCUAUCGCAAUUUGACACACGACCAAGUCGUUUUGGAAGGCAACAAUCAAAGCCUGGAGGUUGAGGCGAGUGAGUUCAAGCAGCAAAUUUGCGAACUACAGUGUGAAGUGCUUUCGCUCAAGGAUCAGCUCCAUUGCCGCCAGUGCAAAAUUGACGAGCUCGAGAUGCAGUUGACAGCUGCUCGUGCCUCUAUGAGGUGCUUGGAAAGGGAGCUGGAGAACGCGCGUGAGCAGAAAAUAGAGCUGGAUGUGCGAAAGGAGCUUUGUGAAAAAUUGGAUGUAGAAAAAGAGAGGCUAAACGCUGAGCUAAACGAACUAAAUGAAAUUCGCAAAAAGCUGGAAAAAGAAUGCAAACAAUUACGUGCCGAAUCACAGCAAAAGUCUGCAUUAAAUGAGAUCACCACUGAGACUACGGAGCAACUGUUGGAGCGCAUCCGCGGCGAACAGCAGCGCCAAGAUAACGCAGAGCUAACCGCGAAGCGCGAAAUGGAGCGACUGCGGCAACUACAUGAAAAGACAUUGACGGAGCUCCAAGAAGAGCGGGAGCGUUGUAAUGAGCAGGAACGUCUUGCCAAUGAGUACGAGCAGCAGGCUCGGGAAUUACGCAGAAAUUUAGCAGAGGAUCGCUUUUGCCAGGCGCGCACAAGGGAAGUCAGCCCAAGGGUCCAACAACAAACACUGUAAAAUUGUUGAAGUGAAUAUGAUGUAUUCCGAAACAUGUUUCGUUUUUUA